GCUCUGGCAGCUCUCUCUAUGAUCCCUUCCUGCCCCGCUCCUCCCGUCGUCGUGGCUUUCGUCGCUGAAUUAUCUGCCGAUAUCAUCGGCGGCAUCAUUGUCGAAGUAGCCUGCAAGGACAAAGACUGUGGCGGCAAUAAUAAGGCCAGAAGCCCCAUGCGAUUCGAACCUCGUCAAAUCACCUUGCCUCCAGGCGUCUCUCAGCACGCCGUCGACGAGUGCACAAACUCGAUGGCCGGAGUCACAAUCACAGUCACUCAGAAGGCUGCGAACUCUUUCCAGCUUGAUGCUGUACCCGCUCCGUGCAUGAACUUGGCUACAUUAUUCACCGAUCAGGGACAUCCCGUCCCUUGCGGCUCCGCCUGCAUGGCCUACGACGAUCUUACCGAUGCGGACAGCCAGAAGCUGCUUGCGACAAUCCAAAGCCUU